UCUUCGAAGUCGCUUUUUUGGACGCAGUUUCAAAAAUUCCAGCCUUAAUUUAUUUUAUAUCGAGAAUUUCUUUUCCUUUUGCUUGAAUUUUAACUCUCAACUACCUUCCCUUUUGACAAUCAUGUCUUAUGGCUUUGGAGACAGUUCUUGGACAACGACUGGACCACCAGGAAGUGUAUUUGAAGAUGAUGGAAGGCCAGUCAGUCCAAACAGUUUGCGCCAGCGCAAAAUGGAACAACAGGCAUGGUAAAGGCUAAUGACAUGGUCAGACCUGGGUCUCRGCAGAAUGACAGAAUUCCACUGGUUGUGGGAGGAACAACUUUACAUGGUAUAGAUGGUACAAACAAAAGCCCAUCACCAGAUAUACCAACAGGGGGUCUGUUAGUAAAUGUUGGUACCGAAGAAGAUGAACCACCCCAGCCAAGAGUAAAACAAACCACCGACACAGAAAGAAAGUUAGCAGCUAUGGGACUGUCAUCAAGUGCUGACUUUGCAAGCUAUAAUGAUGAUGAUGAUGAUGAUGAUGAAGAUGAAGGUCAUUCUCAAGCUGUUACACCGCUAGUAACAAAGGAAAGGAGCCCUUCUCCUCAAACAACAGGACAAGAUCGGCCUCCUUCCUAUGACAUAGCAUCGAAGACCAAGAAGGCUAGCACGGAGUCUCCACCCCUAACAUCAACACCAGCAAACGACAUUGAAAUUGAUGACCUGGAAAAGUUUGUAUUAAGACCUGCUCCACAGGGAGUAGUUAUCAAGUGCCGUAUUACCAGAGACAAGAAAGGCAUGGAUAGAGGAAUGUAUCCUACAUACUUUCUACACAUGGAAAAAGAAGAUGGAAAAAAGAUAUUCUUACUGGCUGGCCGCAAGAGAAAAAAGAGCACCACUUCAAACUACCUCAUCAGCACCGAUGCAACUGAUCUCUCCAGAGGAGGAGAAAGUUUUAUAGGAAAACUGCGAGCAAAUCUUGUAGGGACAAAAUUUACAGUAUUCGACCAAGGGGUGAACCCCAAGAAGGGCGGGGUCAUGUCUGAUGGGUCCAAUAUUAGAGAAGAACUGGCAGGCAUUAUUUAUGACACUAAUGUACUUGGGUUUAAAGGUCCUCGUAAAAUGACUGUCGUAUUACCGGGCAUGGGCCUUGAUCAACAGAGAGUGCCUGUACGACCAAGAUCAGAAUCAGAAACAAUAUUGGAACGACAUCGAAAUCGACAACUUGAAAAUCUUGUAGAACUGCAUAACAAAACACCUGUUUGGAACGAUGACACACAGUCUUAUGUCCUGAACUUCCAUGGACGAGUCACGCAAGCAUCAGUCAAAAAUUUUCAGAUUGUACAUGACAGUGAUGUGGAUUAUAUCAUCAUGCAGUUUGGCCGCGUUGCAGAGGAUGUCUUUACCAUGGAUUACAGCUUUCCUAUGUGUGCAAUACAGGCCUUUGCUAUUGCACUCAGUAGUUUUGAUAGCAAACUAGCUUGUGAAUAAGAAACUUUUGACCAGCAUGCUUAUUAUCAUGAUUAGCUGUAUAUGGUUGUACAUGAAAGAUACAUGAAUAUAGACGAAACAAAGAUUCUUAUUUUCAAGAGAGUGACACUCCGACGAAGGACUAGCGUCCGAAACGUCAGUAAGUUUUUUCAUCUUUUCACGGUGUAUAAUUUACCUUUUCAUCAUUACUAUUAUCAUGAUUAUGUGUUAAAUGAUAACAAAAGAUAAAAUAAAACAAAACAAACGAAAAAAAUUAGAAUUAAAAUAAAAAAAUGAAAAAUUUAUGUUUUUUUGAUUUCUCUCUCGACCCAUCGUACCCUGAAGAUGGACCGUUCAGGUCAAAAAUUAAGAAAAUAAAUAUAAGCACAGGUUGAAAAUGGACAGCAAUUAACUUUUAGAACUAUACUAAUAGAUUCUUAGCUUAGUUUAGUUUUUACUAGAUUCUCAUGAUCACGUGAGCAAAGACUCAACGUGCAAAAUGCCAUUUUACAGAAUGUCCGUAAAAUUUUAAUUUAAAAAUUUCUCCAAAUAUUUGAAAAUUUUCUUUAAAAAAGUUGUUAAUAUAACAAGAGAGUAACAUGUUUUCUGUGAAGUAAGAACUGAUCAAUAAAAUACAUAAAACCUUA